CAAAGAACUUCCCUUCCCACUACGACGCCUACAGCUCUGCAGCCACACGAAUUGAAGAACACGGCCUGCUAGAAAUCACCUUAUUCCCAUUUGUUGAGUAGAGUGUUCUUGCCUUCUUUUGUUUAUUGUACCGCCCAAUGGGGGAUGCAGAAAAUGCUGUUCCACCUUCAAAGAAGAGAGCUGCUGGAAGGCAAUUAUCCCGAGAUAACCCUGAACUUGAUGAUGAGGAAGAUGCUUCUGAACAAGACAGCAGAUCUUUCAAGAGAGCAAGCGAUGAGGUGCUGGCAGGUAGAAGAAUUGUCAAAGUUCGUCGCCAGCAGACGUCAUCAGCCCCUUCUUCCAAUCCUUUUGCAGGGAUCCGCCUGGUCCCUCCUACUGCUUCAACUGCUACUCCAGUUGAAAUUACUGCCGAAACAGGAGAAAAACCCGUUCCAGACGAGGGAGGAGAAGGGAAAAAUGGUAUGAAUAAGGAAAGUGAGAAAGAAAGGGAGGACCAUUAUAAGCAAACUGAAAACACUGAUGAUGUUGUGGAUGCUGAAUCCACUGCAAAUGAGAAGAAUUCUGAUAUUGUUAAUGAGGCAACGAAUCCUGAAAUAGCUGAUGAAAAGGCGGCAGAGGUCACUAAAACUGAUAGCAAAGAAAAGAAUACAGAUGGCACGAGAACUGAGAUUGAAGAAAAUAAAGAGAAGAGUAAUGAAACUGUUGAGAAGAGUGCUGAAACUGCAUCUUCUUUUAACUCAUUUCAACAGCUUUCGAGCAGUAAAAAUGCGUUUACUGGACUGGCUGGAACUGGGUUUUCCAGUUCUAAAUUUUCAUUUGGUUCAAUUCAGGAAAAUGGGUCUCCCCUAGGGUCUAAUUAUGGUUCUCUUCUUGGACUAAAAAGUGAUCGGCCUUCUUUUGGUUUUGGUGUUCCUAAUAAUGGAAAUUCUUCUCUCCUUGGCAACCCGGGGCCAUCCAUUGUCAGUAAGAAUGAUGGAAGGUCCAUGCAGGAGAUUUCUGUUGAGACAGGGGAAGAGAAUGAGAAAGCUGUCUUCACUGCUGAUUCUGUGCUGUUUGAGUUUCUUGAUGGAGGUUGGAAGGAACGGGGAAAGGGAGAACUCAAGGUCAGUGUUUCCUCCAUUGGAGCUGGCAGAGCUAGACUCAUUAUGAGAGCCAGAGGAAAUUAUCGGUUGAUUUUAAAUGCCAGUCUUUAUCCAGACAUGAAGCUGACAAAUAUGGACAAGAAAGGCAUCACUUUUGCCUGUGUAAAUAGUAUUGGUGAAGAGAAGGAUGGUCUUUCUACAUUUGCUUUGAAGUUUAAGGACGCUAUGAUAGUUGAAGAGUUUUGUGCAACUGUCACUGAACACAAAGCUAAGACCGCUGUUGGUCUGAAGACUCCAGAAAAUUCUCCAAAGGCAUCGGAUGAUUAG